AUGCCGCUAUAUUCCGAUUUGUAUCACAAUUACAUCGGCAAUACGCCAGUCAUCCCGGCGCCGAUCGUAUCAUCGUUGCCGUCCAGCACGUUCUUGCCACCGAGCUACGUAGGCGUUUCGCGUUCGUUCGGGACUCCGAUAACGGCCACCAGGACACCGUCCUUUUCCCGAGGUUACGUUCCAAAGUUAACCCCCAUCACAGAAACCCCGCUUACCGGCAGCCGGGUGACGGCACUCACCCGCAUCAAUUCCCCCAAAUAUAUCCCAAGCCAUGCUUCACCAACCUAUCAGAAGCCCAGACGUGUCAUCAACACGGCAGACAUCGACGUUUCCGCGAGUCGUUAUGCCAUCCGGGAUCAUACACCGAUCCGCGAUCGUUACCCCUCAUCAUCCCCGUCCUCUUCGGUAUCCUCCGAUACGGGCAACAACUCGCCACUAUCCGUAGCGAACGUCAGCGCUCGCGAACAGGAACUGAUCGAACGCAAUGAACAACGUAAGGCACGUUCCGCUAUCAACCGCAACCGUGCCGUGGUGCGUCUCAACACUAUCCGAGCCCGAAGCAAGUCGCGAGGUAGUAGGGGCAGUACUGAACGCAAAUCGCCACGCCGAACGGAUUCUCCGGAUAAAUCAUUCGAAGAUGAAUCCCCGCAGACGUCCAGACCCACCUCUUGGCGGGACCAGUUUCGUGGAGAAUUGUCCUUACAACCGAAAAAAGUCGAACCCAUUAAAAGCCCCGGUGAACUGCUGCUGGAGAAACACCUGAUUCGUGACGAUGAGGUUACUCCGAUUGUGAUCGAUGAAGCAACCUACAAAUCUCCCGUUAUGAAACGACGCGCAACUGUGCGUCGAAAGAGCGGCGUCAAAAUUCCCAGCUUCCACGAAAUCUGUUCGGACAUAAACUCGGACAAAUUGGACGACGAUCUGAAUGCCGGUGAGUUACGCCGACGCGCUUCUCAGAUCAUCGAAGAUGAGAUUGCCCAAUUUCAGGAGGAGCUGCACAAAGCCAAUGGAGUUAUGAAUGAUCAGCUGGAAGAACGACUUAAAACAGCUCUUGAACAGCAAAUAACCGACUCCGGUGUUGAGCUGGCAGAGAAGAAAAAGGUUAAAAAAGUUCGUAGAGUUAGAAGCAAACCUUUGCCGAAGCUUGAUACCGACGAAAGCAAUGGGGUGCACGAUCCGGAGGAAUCCGGAGGAGUGAAAGUUACGGCAGAUAGUCCAACCAUCGAAACUACGCCGGCGAUCGCUCCAACGAUCAAGGCUGAAGUGGAAUCGAUUGAAGAAUGUGCCGUGUUUAAGUUGCCCAAGAAAAAGAAAAAAGUCGCUUCGGGUGAAUCUCUCUCGUCUCCCGAAAGUGGUGAAAAACCGGUAAAGAAGGUGGUGAAAAAACCGGUUGCUAGUAAAAUGACAGAAAGUGUGGUGAAAACGGUUGCGGUAUCAGCCGAAUCGAAAUCGGUUGAAAACCUAUCGGUUAGCAAACCGCUGGUACUUGGGGAAUUGGCUCAACGAAGGAAAGCACAGGAAUUGCAGAAAAAGAUUGAUACGCUGUCGAAGAUGUGUGGUAAAAAAGUGCCCACGGAGUCGGUAGACUCUGCGGCGCACAAAGAAAAGACAGAAUCGAAGAAGACUGAAGCAGACAACACAACGGAGGCCACUGCAAAAAUCAAGCAGUUUCAAGAGUUAGAUGGGAAGAAAUCAGAACGACCAGAAAAGAUUGAAGACGCUACAAAGAAGGAAAUUGAAGUCAGUUCACCGCCUACUGAGUUAAGCGGUACUGCACUAACGUCGAUAAAAUCAACUGAAAACGACGUUAAAAUCACACGAAAAGCAGCUAGCGAAGAAGAAGCCAAUCAAGUGCUGAAACCACCAAUAAAAAGCAUUGCUGAGAAUCAGCUAUCACGACCCCCGGGAGAGCCAGCAACUUCAAAACUUCAAACCAAAUCACUUGGAAAACUGAAAGAGCCAAGAAAGGAUCAAGAGGUGCCCUUAACGCUUAAUCAAAGCAGUGAAAAUGUUGUCCAACCCGACGAAAAGACUGAUUCCAAUGCCAAAACUGUAAAGUCCGAGGAAAUCAAACCACAAAACUUAUCGAUUGGAGCUCCAACAAUACAAAAAGAGACAGAAUUGACAGAGGAGAAGACGAAUAAGGAAAUCCCGUGUGCUCUAAAAGAGGAAUCUUUACCUAAUAUGGCAGAGAAAAAAGUUCUCCCAAGUCUAAAGCCAAAGCCGAUUCUAAAAUCGACGACAACUGAAGGAGUGAAGGAGGCCGUUGAGUCGAAAGCGAAUGGUGAUGGCUCAGAGCUGAUAGCUGCUCAGAAAUCAGCGCCUUCAGCAAAGCUGCAGGCUGAUGAGUUGAAGCAGAAAACAAAACCUGGUUUGAAAACUGAGUUGAAAACUGCUAAACCUCAAGAAAUCGCUCAACCGGAGAAGAAGAUUGAGCUAACAAGACCAACUGAAAAGAUGUCAGAUGUUGCGGAUGGACCAAAGGAGAAGGUUCCGUCAUCCGAAUUCCCCGACAAGGUGGCCAAAUCCAGCGAACCAGAACCGGAGAAAUUAUCCAAAGAUCUUCAACUUCCGCCAGAACCAAAGAAAUCCGAAAAACCUGAUUUGCCAUCACCCCCACAAAAACCGACAAUCCAAGUCAAACCGGUCGAUACUCCGACUGUGAAAUCCGAACCGGCGAAGCCGGAGCUCCCAAAGCCCCACGUUCCUGAACCUCCUAAGCCACCACCGAAACCAGCCGAACCGAGCGUCAAACCGAAACCGAUACUGAAACCGGCCUUACGCAAGAAACCCGUUGAACUGACCAAAGUGCCCUCCCAGGACGAGGUGGACUUUUGGGGCAACAUCGGGACGCGUGAAACGAUUUCGUUUGCUCGCAGAAAGCAGAACCUCGAACGGCGCAACCAGAUGAUACUGCUCAAGUUUAGCGAAACCGAAGAGGACAGCGAAAGUGCACCGAUUACGUCGCCAACGGCAAAAACAUUCGCCACCAAGCUGAUGUCAUCGCCGCCGGCGGCAGAAAAUGCUGCUGCCUCAAUGCCCAAAUGGCCCAAACCGGCUGGAGAUGAAGAAACAGUACCCGCAGAAGUCACUUCUUAUGCGGGAUUAAUUGUAAAUAAACCCGCAAAAAUGGAGCUGCAGAAACCUAAGGAAAUUUCAGAUGAGGGACUUCCGAAGAAAGCCUUCGAAGUUUCUUUGGUAAAAUUGGAGCAACAAGCUCCCGCAAGUCCAACACAAAAACAAUUACCGCCUCCCGAGGCGGUCGACAAAACAAAACCGGCUCCCCUUAAAUCGAUUCUCAAAAUAGAUGAAUCACCAAAACCAGCAAGAGAUACGAGCCCAACCAUGAAAGAUGGCUUAGAUACUGAGCUUCCAACCAGUCCUAAGACGAAAAAACCAGUACCCAAAAUGACAGAACUUAAGCAGCCCGCAACAGUCGAUACGGUUUCUAAAGAACCUACUAAGCCGACCCUCGAUAACGGUCCAACCAAAACUCCGGCAACCAAUGACCAAUCCCCGAAACCGACUCGGAACGUAUUCAGCCUCAAAAAAGUACAAAAGACCGAAGCCAUCCCCGAAAAGGCAGCACCUACACCGGAGAACCUUCCAACUGCUCAGCCACCGGAAACUGAAUUAUCACUCCUAAAAACUCCCGUACAGACGGGCUUACUAAAACCGUCGGAAAUUGCGGCUAAGCGACUGCUCAACCAGAAGCUUUCGCCGAAGGAAAUGAUCAAAGCCGUUGCACCAACCAUUGCAGCUGCCGCGGAGAAGAAGCUCGCUCGAACUUUGCCGCCUGAAUUACCAAAGACUGCAUUAAAACAGGAAAAAGCACCCGCAGACAAGCCGGAAGCUUUGAAACCAACUACAAACGAACCGGAAAAGACAUCUGAAGGAAAGCAGGAAACUGUGCAGAAGACUGUAAUCGAACCGCCGAAGGCGUCCAUUGAACCCGCAACAGCGGCGAAGCCGCUCGAAACCACAGCACCCAGUGGAGAGAAAAAGACAAAGAUAGUCAUCAAAAAGGUGAUCAGGAUUGUAAAACCGAAAUCCGCCGCACCGGUGGAUGCGGCAGCCAAAGCCGAAGCCGACCGGCUCGAAGCCGAACGGCGAAAGGCGCAGGAAAAUGUCGAAAAAAUGAAAGCCAAAGUUAACCAAAUAACACUGAAUAUGGGCGUUAAACUCGAGGUGGAAAUCAAAGAUUGCGCAAAGUGUCAAAAGGCAACACUAUCGGGUGAGCUUCCGGCCAGCAAGACGAAUGGUAAGAAAAAACCGACGACGGCGGCAGCUGAUAAGGCAGCAGUCGCGCAAAAAGCCGACGACGGUGGCAAACUGACGAAGAACAAAUUUGGCGUCAUUACAAAUUUAAGUAAUCUAUCGGCAGCGAAAGCAGGUGAUCGAUCAGUUGGUGAUCAAGUGUCGACGGGCGCGGAACAGCCAAAGAAAACAAACAAUAAGCAAUUGGCGGUUGCAAAACCAGUGUCGAAAGCUCGAUACUCUUCCAGUAGUAGUGAAGCGGACGAAGGUUCCGGUUCAGAGACAUCGUUUUCCGGUGUAGAGGACGACUGGUCAUCGGAGGAGGAAGAAAUGGCAAACGAUAAGCCGGAAAAGAAGAAGUUCGAUCCGCAAAAGCGGGUUAAGCUCAACUUUGAGCAGAUGCGCAAGUGUUAUUCCAAGGAGGAGAAAUCUCCCAUUGUGUUGGUGGCACGUCCGAGACCUCUGUGGAAGGUGAAACGACACGGACAUCGGCACAACCGGAAGGCGGACCUGACCAGCAGCAGCAGUGCAAGCGAAGACGAGUCCGGAUCGACCACGGAUCAAACCUCGUCGGAGGCCACUUCCACGGUGGAUGCCUCGUCGGAUGUCAACACCGACAGCAGUGUCAACAGCAGCCGAGGAAACAACAAGAAGAAACAUGUAAAAUCUACUAGCAAAACCAGUGAUUUAGGCAGUGAUAUUUAUGACAAUCCUAUGGUGAUUCCGUUGCACACGGAGCCGCCCAGUAGUAGUAGCAAGUGUCCGCCUGCAAAGGACGAAAAUAACAACGAACGCAGCCAAUCUCAGCAGGCCCAGAAUGAGGAAGACGAUGAGAACAACAAGAAUGCCGGAAACCACGAGAUUCGCAGUACCAGCACCAGCAGCCAUGAUUCUGGUUUCUACGGUGGCGGAACGGCACCGAUCAGCCCUAAGAAGGCCAUGGAAACAUCCUACACGUAUGCACAAUUUCAGAAAACGGGUAAACUGACUGCUCCGGCCACGGUGAUACCCCGUUUCAGGAAAUACAACGUUGACGAUUUCCAUUUUUUGACUGUGUUAGGAAAAGGUAGUUUUGGAAAGGUAUUUUUAGCUGAGCUAAGGAACACAGAGUACUAUUACGCGGUGAAGUGCUUGAAGAAGGACGUCGUACUGGAGGAUGACGAUGUCGACUGCACGCUGAUCGAGCGGAAAGUGUUAGCGCUGGGCACCAAACAUCCAUUUUUGUGCCACCUGUUUUGUACGUUUCAAACAGAUAGCCAUUUAUUUUUUGUCAUGGAGUACCUGAACGGAGGCGAUUUGAUGUUCCACAUCCAGCAGAGCGGCCGGUUUACGGAAGCACGGGCACGCUUCUACGCCGCCGAAAUCGUUUCCGGACUGAAGUUCCUCCACCGAAAGGGUAUUGUCUAUCGUGAUCUAAAGCUGGACAACGUGCUACUCGACUACGACGGGCAUGUCCGAAUAGCGGACUUCGGUAUGUGCAAACUAGAGAUUUAUUUGGACCGGUUGGCGGACAGUUUUUGUGGUACACCGGAUUAUAUGGCGCCUGAAAUCAUUAAAGGUCAGAAGUACAAUCAAGCCGUCGAUUGGUGGUCGUUCGGUGUGCUGGUAUACGAAAUGUUGGUAGGACAGUCACCCUUCAGUGGUUGUGACGAGGACGAGCUGUUCUGGUCCAUUUGCAAUGAAAUUCCAUGGUUCCCGCACUUCCUGUCCAAGGAAGCGCUCAAACUGUUGAAGUCGCUACUUGAAAAAGACGCCACGAUACGGUUGGGCUGCCUGAACACAAUGGACGAGGAAAGCGAUAUCAAAUAUCAUCCGUUUUUCGAGAGCAUUGACUGGAAAACGCUGGAAAGAAGAGGACUGGAACCGCCGUUCAAACCGCAAGUGCGACAUCCCUUGGACACGCAGUAUUUCGACAAGCAGUUCACACGCGAGCGGGCACGCUUGACGCCCAUCGACCGCAACAUUCUGGCCUCGAUGAACCAGGCCCAGUUCGAGGGUUUCACCUACACCAAUCCGAACAAUACGCUAACGACGACGGAAGUCACCUACCACCCAAUACGCUGUCGCAUACAAAGUAGACCGAGCAGAUUCUACUAUUAG